AGGACCUUCUAGUAAAACCGACCAGAGCCGCAACAAACACUAUCGAACCGAAGCCGGAGGUCUGGCGAUUCGACCCUCGAGAGGCGGCCGAGCCGAGCAGACGCCAUGGACCGCGAGUGGGGCUCCAAGCCCGGCAGCGGCGGCGCCGCCACCUCCCAGAAUGAGGCCAUCGACCGGCGGGAGCGCCUGCGCCGGCUCGCGCUCGAGACCAUCGACCUCGCCAAGGACCCCUACUUCAUGCGAAACCAUCUCGGCAGCUAUGAGUGCAAGCUCUGCCUGACGCUCCACAACAACGAGGGGAACUACCUCGCGCACACGCAGGGGAAGCGGCACCAGACCAACCUCGCCAAGCGUGCCGCCCGCGAGGCCAAGGACGCGCCCGCGCAGCCCCAGCCAAACAAGCGCAAGCUCGCGCCCCGCAAGUCUGUUAAGAUUGGCAGACCUGGAUAUACAGUAACUAAACAGUAUGAUCCUGACACGAAGCAACACUCUUUUCUCUUUGAGAUUGAGUAUCCUGAAAUCGAAGAUAAUAGCAAGCCAAGGCACCGUUUCAUGGCAUCAUAUGAACAGAAAAUCCAAUCUUGGGAUAAGAGGUACCAAUAUCUGCUUUUUGCAGCGGAGCCCUAUGAAGUCAUUGGCUUUAAGAUACCAAGCACAGAGAUUGACAAAUCAACAGACAAGUUUUUCUCGUAUUGGGAUCCGGACAAGAAGUCAUACAUUCUGCAACUAUACUUCAAGCCAAGAGCACCGGAGAUUAACAGACAACCAGCAGCUCCUGGUACUGUCCCAAAUGGGACAGGAGGCCCUCCUGGUGCUCCACCAAGGCCACCAUCCCAGCCACAGGCUCUGCCGCCACCUCCACCGAAUGCACCUAUGGGAAUGCCCCCUAGGAUCCCGCCACCACCAAUGAGCGGUCUUCAACCUCCACCCCCUCCGCCUCCGCUUGCAAAUGGUCCUCCGCGUUCAAUACCACCUCCACCUCCUUCUGGUGGUCCAAUGGCUAACUUUACUCCUGGAGCACCUCCGCCACGCCCUCCGAUGCAAGGCUACCCUGGACCUCAGCAGUAGGUGAUCUGAGUGUGGGCAAGAGAGAUCAGGCUACAAAUUUUGAACACUUGCUUUAUCCAAACCAGUAUGUGCUACAUUGUUGUCUGAAAUUUUACUGUAUAAGCAGAUUAAAUUAUUUAAGUGCGCUUUCAAGCAAAGCAUUUUAUCUGUUUGUGUUUGUCAUCUCUUUGUAACUUCGUUUUUGGACGUUAUCCCUUUGGCACACGAUUGUGUAAUUGUCAUAUUCCUGGGCAAGCAGAGUGCUCUUCAAGGUAUACUAUCAUGGUAAAUGCGAUUUAUGAGCAUCA